AUGGCGACCGCUUUCGAAACGCAGCCACUGGUUGCGACAACCUCAGAUACCACAGACCCGGCUCCCGUCAAGCUCGAGACAACCACGAGUCCGACCGGCGCUCAUGUCACCGUCAUUCGCGACGCCAAGGGCAACCUCGUUUACCCUUCCCACGUUCCCCCGGAAACCCAGUCACCGAGCAUCUCCCCGGUAGUUCCACCCAAAACCCAUACCGAACCCCUCAAGCGACCCACGAACAAGCAGUGGCAGACCGAGGCAGCGAGACGAACCGACAGGCAAGACUCCUUUGCCGUACCGCCUAUGCAGCGGGCUGGUACAAAUACAUCGCAGUUCAACCGCGCAAUGUGGGAUCCCAGGGCAAUGCACGCCUUUGGCGACAACUCGGAUUCCAGUAGCGAGUCCUCGUCGGAUGAACAAGAGCAUGGCCAUGGGCACAAGAAGCACCUCUUCCGAAAGAAACAUGCCGACAAAAAACCCCAUGAACAACACGGCCACUUCGGUCGCUUCAAUGUUGGAAAUGAACACUACAGGACAAAGGGCAGGGUCUCGAAGCGUGAUGGCCGUCUUAGCAUUUCGGUCAACGACAUGAGCAGUACAGGCUACCUGGCAAAGGCCCUCGGAAUGGCAGUCAAGAAGGUGAUGCCGGAAAGGCACGAGAUUUCCAACAAGAACGCUGAGCAAGUCAGGAAGCCUUCGGUCGUGUCGCGACUCUCCACGGCCUCUACUACUGCCGCUCCUGACAAGAUUUCUUGCCCCAAGCUAAACAUCGUCAUCAUGGUCAUCGGUUCCCGCGGCGAUGCCCAGCCUUUCCUCAAGAUCGGCAAGGUUCUGAAAGAGCAACACGGCCAUCGCGUACGCAUCGCUACACAUCCUGCCUUUCGCGACUUUGUCGAGAAGGAUUCUGGCCUAGAGUUCUUUUCCGUCGGCGGUGACCCAGCAGAGCUCAUGAGCUUCAUGGUCAAGAACCCCGGUAUGAUCCCGACUCUGGAAUCAGUAAAAGCUGGCGACAUCGGGAAACGACGCGCCGCCAUGGCUGGCAUGUUCCAAGGUUUCUGGCGAGCUUGCAUCAACGCUACCGAUGACGAGCGGGAUGUUCACAACCUCAAAAUGAUGGGUCGCAUGGACCCCUUUGUAGCCGAUGCCAUCAUUGCCAACCCUCCCAGCUUUGCCCAUAUCCACUGCGCCGAGGCGCUGGGUAUUCCUGUUCAUUUGAUGUUUACUUUUCCAUAUACCCCCACUCAAGCCUUUCCUCAUCCACUAGCCAGCAUCAAAAAGUCCAAUGUCGACCCGGGCUACACAAACUGGAUCUCCUACCCUCUAGUAGAGAUGAUGGUUUGGCAAGGUCUUGGUGACUUGGUCAAUGACUUCCGCGUCAAGACACUCGGUCUCGAUCCCGUUUCAACCCUCUGGGCCCCCGGCGCCACCUACCGUCUGCACGUCCCAUUCAGCUACCUCUGGAGUCCCGGUCUUGUAUCCAAGCCCGAGGACUGGGGCGACGAGGUCGACGUAUCCGGCUUUGUCUUCCUCGAGCUGGCUUCCACCUUCCAGCCUCCCGAUGACCUGGUCAAGUUUCUCGAAGCAGGCGAGGCGCCCGUCUACAUCGGUUUCGGAUCCAUCGUCGUCGAUGACGCAGAUAGGUUCACGCAGAUGAUCUUCGACGCCGUCAAACUAGCUGGCGUGCGCGCCCUCGUCUCCAAGGGCUGGGGUGGUCUAGGCGGCGACAGUCUCGACGUUCCCGAGAACAUUUACAUGCUCGACAACACCCCUCACGACUGGCUCUUUCCCCGGGUUCGCGCUUGCGUGAUUCACGGUGGUGCAGGCACCACUGCUAUUGCGCUCAAGUGCGGCAAGCCGACCAUGAUCGUUCCCUUCUUUGGCGACCAGCACUUCUGGGGUUCUAUGGUGAGUAACGCCAAGGCUGGCCCGGAACCUGUGCCGUACAAGAGCCUUACGGCGGAAAAACUGGCCGACGGAAUUAAGUACUGCCUUAGCGAGGAGGCUAUGAAAGCCGUGGAGGAGAUUGCGCAACGCAUCAGUGAGGAAGGUGAUGGAGCUGAGAACGCUUGCAAGGCAUUUCACAGGGGGUUGAUGCUCCAGGGCGACAGGUCGAUGCGAUGCUCAAUCCUGAGAGAUAAGGUGGCGGUGUGGCAGGUCAAGGGAAGCCCGACGGGGUUGAAGCUGAGUGCCAUGGCUGCGGACCUGGCGGUCGAGAAAAGACUUACCUCGUGGAAGAAUUUGAGGUUGCUCCGACAUGUCGAGUGGAAUGACUUUGAGGGACCUGGUGAGCCGGUGACGGGUGUGGCUGGCACGGUUGUGUCGACGGUGGGCGACGUUUUCUCGGGAAUUGGUGGAGUGCCGAUCAGGCUGGGCAAGAAGGCCAAGCAGAGGAAGGUCAAGAAGCAGGAGAGGAGGGAAAGAAGGGAAAAGAAGUUGAAGGCACGAGAGGCUAGGUCGGAAGAGAAGGGGAAGGCGAAGGAGAAUGGCAACUCAACGACCAACGGCGAGAAGACAGACAAGCCAUACGAGCAGCAAAACGGAACCCUCCAAAAAGUCGAAACAAAAGACCACGCCGCCGCCGAUGAUAAUAGGAAAUCCGACCAUUUAUCAAGCGAUACAAAACCAGACGACGCCACCGCCGUCGACAACUCCAACGAGACCACACCCGAAUCAGGCCACUCCCUCCCCAACAUCACCACAACCACCACUAACGCCAUCCAUAACACCCGUCCCCGCCUCGAAUCCCCAUCCCCAUCAUCAUCAUCCCCAUCCCCUCUCCUCGCGCCCAUCCGCCCCGCAAACGACCACCGCACCGACACCAACCUAACCAACCUAACGACCACCACCAACGGUGGCGAAUCCACUACGGACCCGGCCGAAGUCGCCGAGGAAAUCGUCCACGAGAUCGGCCAAGGCGCCAUCAAGUCUGCCUCCGCCAUCGCCCGUGCCCCCGUCGACCUCUCCAUCGCUCUGGCCCAGGGUUUCCACAACGCGCCCCGUCUUUACGGCGACGACACCGUCCGCCGCCCCACGCGCGUGACGGGGAUCAAAUCGGGUCUGAAAGCCGCGGGCCACGAGUUCGUGUUUGGGAUCUAUGAUGGCUGGACGGGACUUGUAGUCAUGAUAUAG